UUAUGAUUUUUUUGUUUUGUUUUUGUCCAAUGAACAAAAAAAUGGGAAACAUUCAUGUUGUCGGACCGAAUGAAGCAUUAAUUGUGACUGGUGGUGGUUUUGGUUGUUGUCAUUCUACACGUAUUCGUAUGAUAAUCGGUUCUUGGAUUUGGGUGUGGUGGUCGAUCAAUAAUGUUCAAUUAUUAUCAUUGGAAAUAUUUACUAUGAAACCGAAAUGUGAAAAUGUUCAAACCGCCAAUGGUGUUCCGUUAUGUGUGACAGCUGUUGCACAAUGUCGUAUUACCAAACAUUUGGAUCGGUUACGAUUGGCAGCCGAACAAUUUCUUGGUAUGACAAUUAGUCAAAUUCGUGCCAUUUUAUUGAAAACAUUAGAAGGUCAUCUUCGUGCUAUUUUGUGUACAUUAUCGGUAGAAGAAAUCUAUGGUGAUCGAAAUAAAUUUGCCCAUUUAGUUCGUGAAGUAGCAGCCAAAGAUGUGAUCAAUAUGGGCAUCGAGAUUGUUAGUUUUACCAUCAAAGAUAUUUAUGAUAAAGUUGAAUAUCUUGAUUCAUUAGGACGAACACGAAUGGCACAAGUAAAACAAGAUGCACAAAUGGGUGUUGUCGAAUCCGAACGAGAUAUUGGAAUUGUUGAAGCCAAAUGUGAACAACAAUCAAUGGAUAAAAUGUAUAUAUCGAAACAGAAAAUAGAGGCAGCUAAACAGCAAUAUGAAAUGAAAAAAUCAGAAUAUGAUCGCGAAGUGAAUGGACAACAAGCGGAAACUAAAUUAUCAUAUGAAUUACAAUGGGCAAAAAUUCAACAAUCUCUGAAGCAAGAAGAGAAAAAAAUCCAAUUGAUUGAAAAACAUAAAUUAAUUCAAUAUGAACAAUUAGAAAUUGAAUUAAGAAAUAAACAAUUAGAAUCAGAAGUACGAUUACCUGCCGAUACUGAAUCAUAUCGAAUUCUAAUUGAAAGUGAUGGCAAAAAAAAUGUCCAAUUAAUGAUUGCCAAAGCAGAGGCGGAAAAAAUCAGACAAAUUGGAAUGGCCGAGGUCAAUAGGAAUCGAAAAAUAGGCAUGGCUGAAGCUCAAGCAAUGGCUAUUCGUGCCAAUAUAUUAUCCAAUUACAAUGAUGCUGCUAUUUUAUCAAUGAUAAUGUCUACAAUGCCUGAAUUAGCUAAAGAAAUUUGUUUACCAUUGUCGCGUAUUACGGAAAUAAUCAUCACAUCAUCAUCAUCGCAAACAUCAGAAACGAAUGGAACAAAAUAUAUUUGCAAUUUAAUUGAAACAAUUUUAGCACGAUUAUUGCCAAAAUGUUAACCAUGUGUCUAUGGCAAAAAAAAAUGGUGAUGAUAACGUCAUGGUAUCAUCACAUUGUCGAUAGGAUCAUCAUCAAUAUAAAAAUUUAAAGAAAGAGUAAAAAAAACUGACGGUGAUCACCGACAGAUGGAGGUCGAAACAAAGUAUUCAACAAGAAAAAAAAAUUCGAAUUUUCAAUUGAAAAUUGAAAUUUGAGAAAUUGACAACACCAAUUAUCCUGGUAAAGAUAUAUAG